AUGUUCUCUUUUUUUUCAGCACGUAGUAAUCGGCCUUUCACAUCGACAUCAUCGUCAUCAUCAUCAACAAUAACAUUAAAGGAUAAAAUUUGGGCAUGGAUCGGACUAGCCAGAGGAAUUAUUAUCUUAUGGAUUGGUGGAGCAAGUUCAUCUUUAUAUGCAAAUUUGUAUGAAGAUGUAGUCAAAUUGGUUAUGCCUGGUUCAUCUGAUAAUCAACCAAGCCCACGGCUUUUAUUCGAUCGCGCUCUUAUGUUAUUGCUUAUAUCCAUUACUUAUAUUUUAUCUAUUACAUUUUGCACAUCUAUAUUCAUCAAAAAGAUGUGGAUAAAAAUAGUUACCUGGUUCAAAACAAUCGAAAUUGAAGAAUUAACUAGAUAUCCUUUAACACCAAUACAAUUUAAUCCUCAUGUUACAACAACAUCCUAA